AUGGCGGAGGAGGACACCCAGCAGAACGUUCUGCAUUUUGUAUUGCCCGUCCUGGCCGUGAUCGUGACCCUGGCAGCUCCGUUUAUCACAGUUUCGGCCUUGGGCCGAGGGCCUGUUAUCGAGGAGCUGAAGGCUGCGGCAGGGCGACGGCUGUCGCUCCUCUCCCUGGGAAUCACAUUGUUGUCACCCGUGUUCUUCAUUUCGGGCUACGACCAGACAGCAUUGUUUCAAUAUUCGACAUAUUCGAUGUUGUUGUCGCAAGCGAAUAUCAUAGCCGAUCGAUUGGGCAAACGCCGCCUACUGCCGCCGUUGCUUGCCUGGCACUGCGUCAAUCUGCUGAACCUCAUCGGCGGAAACUUCAGCAGCCUGCUCCAAAUCUACAGCACCGGCAGUGCGGGGCUAAUCAUGACCGUCUUCGGCAUCUCCCAGAGGGCUGGCGGCGACUGUGCAGACGGCUCCCCCCUCCACGGCGCAACUGUGGACUACUGCUCCGACGGCUGGAUCGCCGUGCAGCUGCUUGCGGGCUUCCUCUACGUGCUCCUCCACGUGCUCGCCUUCUUCACCGUGGCCCUGCGCGCCGUCGGGCUCUACGGCGGCGAGGACGAGGCGCCCGUGGAUGGCGUGUUCCGCGAGCGCGAGGCACCACAGCCACUGCUGGGCUAGCGCCAUCGCGUCGCAGGCGGACGGGGGCCCCCAGGCUCGGAGCUGCGCCACUCCGGGCUCGGCAGGGGCUCCAAGGCUUCGAGGCUCAAGGCUCCCGGGCGCCCUCGUCGGCUCCAGGUGUCCGGCCUCGAGGAGGCGCUUCGGCAGCCGCGCCUCUCGCCGGGAGCGCUCCCGGGGGGGGGGGGGGGCGGCUCAUCCCGAACGGUCGGUGGAGAGCCGAGUCAUGGCCCGACAGCCGGCGGCAACGACACGCUCGCGCCCAGGCCUGGGUCGGGCCGACCGGCCCGAGUUUUUUUUUUUGUUUUGUUGUUGUUUUUUGUGUUCGCUCCGUGUGCGGCAUUCCUCGCGGUGGCGCGAGGGCCGCAUGCGGGGGCGCUCCAGAAGAGGCCCCCCGGCGAUCCGCAUCCUUCGAGCAAGCAGGGCGUGCGAAAUCCGCUGCGUGCAGCUGCUUUGGGCCCCCGCUGCCCGGCAACAAAUCUUCGAUACACGGCCGCUCCCAGCGCCUGGAAGCGUCGGGAAGACCGGUCGCGUGCGGCCGAUUCGCUGCCCCCCCCAUGUGCUCUCCUCGCCCGUUUGUCCGACCUGAACCUUGGGAUCAAUAUCGUUGUUCGGAGGCUGCCCUGUUGCCUGGCUGCUUUGGAUGAGGAACCCCGACAACUGGCGUUUGCUGAGCGGCCCUGGGCGUUUCCUGAACAGCCCUGGCCCCGUCGAUUCCUUCCCUGGGUGCGUUUACGAAACGUCUUCGGUUGUCGGGGUGCUCGUUACGGGGGUGGAUUUUCUGCCCCCCAUCUUGCGCGUAGCCGAGGGGGCCAGACCUCGUUUUAGAAAGGCCUGCGCAGGCUGUCCUCGUCUGCGGGCCUGCCGCGCGAAGGCGCGGCGGCCCCAGCGCCCUUCAGCACUCUUGCCCCGACCCCAGCUUGCCCUCGCGGCUCCCCUGCGGCGGCAGGGGACGCCCAGCGAAGGGUUGCUUUGGAUCACCAACAUUUUCCAGCCCUGUCGUGCUCGGCGCACACCGCGGCUUCAAGAGGCGCACCUUGCCACGUCCCCAUGUUCCGACCGCGCCCAUUCUUGAUGCUCUUGUUGUUGCCACCUGAUCCCCCCUCCUCCUGCCCCCCUCCUGCCCCUCUUU